CAUAGACGCCUCAUACUUUCUGGCUAAUCAAGAGCAGCAAGAUGGUUUCGUACUAUCAGAUAGCAACAAUAUUGCUCACUUAUGCAAUUGCACAUGUCAUAUUUGUAUCGAUUUAUCGUCUGACUCUUCACCCAUACGCCAAGUACCCAGGGCCAUUACUUGCAAAGUUGACGAAUUGGCAUGCUGUAUAUCAUGCAUACAAAGGAGAUGUGCAUCUGAAUGUCGAACAGUGUCACAAGAAAUACGGGAAAAUCGUUCGGAUUCGUCCGAACGCCAUAUUGAUCAACUCCCCCAAUGGGUUUCAUGGUACUGUACCUCUUCGUGGACUAUUUUAAGAAUUGCCAACUGAAUUGAGACAGAUAUCUAUGGCAAUGGCAAGAAAGUCAAGAAGGCACAGGGGUACAAAAUCCAUGGCCCCACAAACUUGAUCGGCAUCCAGGACAAAGUCCUGUACGCGAAGUACAAGAAGAUCUUCCAGCAAGGAUUUUCAGAUAAGAUGAAUCGGGAUCACGAGCCGAAAGUCGCUCAAGUCAUUGAUACAUUUAUUGAGAAGCUUGCAGACAAUGAGUCGCCAGGGGAGAAUGCUGGCGAGUGGACUAAUAUCAAAGACAUGAGCCAGUGGUGCACCUGGCUCACCACAGACGUAGUCAGCAAAGUGAUAUUCACCACCUCCUGGGACCUCCUAACCUCAGCCGCAAACCGAGGCGUAACAAAAUGCCUCAAGGACGCCGUCCGAAUGACAGGCAUCCUCCACUGCUGGCCCUUCCUACCCGGCCACGAAGUCACUGCCCUGCUCUGCAUCCCCCACGUCGCAUGGAGCAUCCCUUUCCUCGAGCGGUACGCCGACUCAGUGAUAAAGAGCAGCAGAGAAGCUCGGGUGAAGGACCCGUCUGUUAAAGACGUCUUCGCGAUUUACGGAGACGCCAGGGAUCCGGAUACUGGUAAGCUGGCGUUGUCGAAGUCGACAGUGCAGAUGAAUACUAUGACUUUCAUCAUCGCUGGCUCAGAUACAACGGCCAGGUCGCUUGCAGCUACAUUUUUCUACCUAGCCCGGAAUCCAGAGGCCUACGCGAAAGUAGCACAGGAAGUGCGCUCCGCUUUUCCUUCUGCCUCGUCGAUUUGUGCAGGGCCUGUGCUCAAUAAUUGUGUUUACUUGCGCGCUGCAAUCACAGAGUCGAUGCGAGUAUCUCCCGUGGCUCCACAACCUCUGAUGCGCGAAGCCGAAGCAGGAUGUGUAGUUGACGGGGAGCACAUACCCCAAGGUCUCAACGUCGGGUGCUCCAUCUACACGCUGCAACUCAACGCCGCUGUCUUCCCCAAUCCGUAUAAAUGGGAUAUGACGCGCUGGCUCGUCAACCCUUCGAAAGACGCUACGGAAGAGAACGAGCGAAUUAAGGAGAUUAGCAGGAGUUUUGCACCGUUUUCGGUUGGCCCCAGGCAGUGUAUUGCGAGGAACUUUGCGACGAUGGAAAUGUAUCUUACGAUGGCGAAUGUGUUUUGGAAGUUGGAUUUUGAGAGUGCCGGGGAUCUUGGGGAGGGGAAGGACGGGGGGUUUGUGAUGACGAGUUAUUUUACGGCGAUGAUGGAGGGGCCACAGGUGAGGUUCCGGAAGAGGAAAGGGGUUGAGUGGUAGGAUUUGACAAUUCUGCGCGCUCUAACUAUUGAGUCCAUGGUGGGAUGAAAUGAGAAAGCAUCGGUGUUUGAGGGCUGAAUAGCCAGUAGAAAAGGGCACUGCAUAGCUAGAAUGGGCAGGUUGUGCAAGAGACAGACAUAACGCCAAGA